AGGGCAGCUGAUGAGCAAGCAGUCUGGCACGUACUGUGCCUACAAAGACGGCCAGGCCAUCGGCGACGUUCGCGAGGUGCUGGUGGUCUGCGUGGACCUCGCGGCCGGCCCCGGGGCCGAGGCCGCCCUGAGCGACGGCGAGCUCAGCGCCGCGGAGGAGACGCCCGAGCGCAGGCCAGCGCCGCCACGCCCGGGCCGGCUGACCAGGGAGCAGGCGAUCGGACUCCAGCAGGAGCUCCUCGUGGGCUUCGCGGGCGACGGGUUCCAGGGCAGCCUGGAGGAGCUGCAGCGGCGGCAGCAGAGCGGCCUCGUCUCCCCCGCGGACUUCGUGCGGGAGAGGCAGGCGCUCUUCCUGACGGUGCAGGGCCCGAUCCUGCCGGCGUACGGCUUCGCGGCCUCCCGGGAGGGGGUUUUCAAGAUGAUGGCGGCGAUGGGCGAGUGGGCGAAGGACCCCGAGUUCGUCCAGCUCGCCAGCGACAUCAACGAGCCAGCUGCGCUGCCGCGCCGACAAAAGGUCGCCGCCGCACUCGAGCGCGCGGGCGCCCG